AAAAUGGCUAUCUUGGAAAUUUAAAAAAUUUUUUUAAUAAUUUUUGAAUUUUUGAAAAAAACAAAUUGAAUAUUAUGUUAUUCAGAAUCAGAAUUAUGACUGUAAAGAAAACUGAAUUUAAAUAUAUUGAUUUUCCACAGAGAUACUAAGUGUGAUACGGGACUUCUGGGACAUACUAUAUAAUAUAAUAUUAUGUAGUAGUAUAUUAAAAAUAUAGAUGAUUUGUUUUAGGGAUUGAUUUAUAGAGAAGAAGGUAAGAUAAAAAAUUCGUAUUGGUGUUUUGACAGAUAUUAUGCUUUGAAUCCAUUGUGCGUCGAAGGGGUCAAACAGAUUGCCCGUUCAUGUUUACUUUUGGGAAGGAAUGAUGAAGCCCAAAAAAUGUACUUGGAAGCAGAAAGAAUGAGCAGGGAACCAGAUACUAAAGUAUAUUACAAUCUUGGCUUGUGUUACUUGAACUUAGGAGAGUUGGACAAAUCUAAAGAAUAUUUUCAUCGCACUAUUCAACUUAGUCGAAAUCAAGAUGCUUAUGAAAAAUUAGCUUCAAUAUUCGCCAUAGAAAAUAACUUUAAAAAUGCAACCAGUAUAUUAAUUACGGCUUCAAAGUUGUUUCCAUUCAGCACGAAUAUAUCUGUAGACUUGGGUCUGUUAUAUAUGAAACAACGUGAUUAUGAUCAAGCCUUUAAUGUUCUCGGAAAUACACUGUGUCAGGACCCCGAAAAUCCUAAAGCACUUCUGACAUUAGCAGCUGAAAUGCAGAGAAAUUGUGGAUACGAUGAAGCAUUGUCCAAGUACACUAAAGUUGUUACUGACUUAUCUGAAUGCUCUGAAACAUGGAAUAACAUCGGAAUGUGUUUCUUUGGAAAACACAAAUACGUUGCGGCUAUAAGUUGCUUAAAACGUGCUAUUUAUUUGCAUCCAUUUAAUUGGAUUGCCUUAUACAACUUGGGCCUUGUACAUCUAUACACUAGACAAUAUGUAUCAGCUUUUGUAUUCCUCUCAACUUCGGCGAAAUUAAACCCAAAUCAUGCUGGUACUUUUAUGCUUAUUGGGUUGGCAUUAAACCAUAUGAACGACACAAGGAAUGCGGAAAAGGCUUACCGUAAAUCCAUAGAGUUAAAUCCAGACAAUCCAGAAGCGCUAAUCAAUUUGAUAAUUUUGGAAGUUAACCAAGGAAAAAUUAAAGAAGCUGAAAAAAAUUUCCACGCUUUUCAAGAAGCAUGUCUAUCAUGUAGUGCAAUUGAUAAAGAAAUUAUCGAGCUGGGAAAGCAAGUUUCGGACGCUCUUGACGGUCAUCCGCGAUCCCUAGACGAAAACGAUGAUGAAAUGCCCGGACGUGAUGAACCCUGCUACGAGGUGGUAGAAUGACGUUCCUCUUCAAAUAUAAUAUAUACUUGUAUACACUAUACACGCAGGCACGGAUCUAAAAUACAUAAUUUUCCAGAAAAUAUUACAAAUAUAAUUUUAGUAAGUACCUACACAAUAUAAUUAACUACCUGAUGAAUGUCGUGUAUUAAGGUUAAAGGCACUUAGUCGCCCCUUGGAUCCGUGCCUGCAUACUCGUGGAUGGUGGACACGUGGCACAUACUUUUUUUAAACAAAACUGGACCAAGUCUGAAAAUUAUAAUAUAGUGGUUACUGGUAACUGAAAAUUAUAUAAAUAGGUACGUGAUUGCAAUAUUGUACCGGACAGAUUUUAGCAAUGUACUUUCCUGCUAUACGGACUGUGCUUUAAUAAACCAUCUGUAUAGGUAUUUACUAUUUAGUAAUAUUAGGUAAAAAUUAAAUUUCCAUAUUAAUAAAUAAUAAAUUAAAUGAUACUCGAA